AUGAAUGUGCAGCCCAGUGUUGACCUAAGUGGUGGUUUGGAGCAAGUUCCCGUUCUUAUCGAAAGGAACUCUCGGGUGGUGUUGAAGACUGAAUUUCAGUACUCUCCAGACAACAUAAAAGGACCUGGCUGUACAGUUGACCCCUGUGAAAUAACCCUUCCAGGAUGUUCCUGUCACUUGCAGUCGUGCUGCACUGACACCUGCUCCUGCUUCCAGGCUCAUGGCCAGGCAUAUAAUAGCAGUGGAACACUAAUGGACCUCACAGCAGUGGACUCCAGUUUCUGCUCGCCUGUGUUCGAGUGCAAUGUUCUUUGCUCCUGCAGUGACACCUGCUCUAAUCGUGUUGUCCAGAGGGGUGUGAGACACAGCCUGGAGGUUUUCACCACUGACAAAAAGGGCUGGGGAGUACGGACUCUGGAGCCAAUCCUAAGUGGAACAUUUGUGUGUGAAUAUGCGGGAGAGAUGAUUGGUUUUGAGGAGGCAAGGAGCAGACAGCUUUCUCCUCGAUGUGAAAAAAAUAAUUAUAUCAUCGCAGUGAGGGAGCAUGCAGGUCCUGGCUCGUUUGUCGAGACAUUUGUGGACCCCUCUGUGGUUGGCUUUGUUUUCAAGAAGGGACAUAGAUGCACAAGAGGAGCUGACGUUUGA